AUGGCGCCAGGCCCGUACAUAUGGAGCCCCAUACAGUGCACCCUGCAGCUUGUCUUUAGCCGCCCCAACAACGGUGAAGCGAUUCUAGCUGGCUCCGCCUACCAUGGCACAUCCAUCAUCCGCUACCGACGGGAGCCUUACUGUGAUGCAGCCAAGAGCAACGUGAGCACUACAACCUCUUCUAAAACGUCCUCCUCCGGAGACAACUCCGAGUACGAUAACUUCCUGCGACACCGUCGCGUUAUAGCCGAGAAGAGCGCUCUGCACCUUCAUGCACUCACAACCGCUGGUGGCAUUUACAAGGAUGCAAAGGUGCUGAAUGUGCAGUCCUACCAGGUGAGGUGCGUCUCCCCCUCCGCCGGUGCGGCCACUGGGGUGCUCAAAGUUGUCUCCGUUGAGCACGAGGAUGGUGGAGCGGUAGCAGCGGGCAGCCGCAGCACCACCGGUAGUGCCGCAAAGAUGAAGGGAAAUGCCAUGGGUAGCAAAAAGCGUGGCUUGGCUGGCGUGGAAAAUGAUCUGCACACGUCUGCAGACGCACCCUCCCCCGCCGCGGUGGAUUGGGGAUCAAAGCUGGUCCUGUUCGAAGGAGCCAGCAGCUUACCCCCAUUCUGCGAGGUCGAUCUUACGAUUCGCUUCGUUGGUGCCGUUCAGUCUUUUGAUCAUGGCGGCAUCUACGCCGCCCGCGGGACCGACAGCAACCCUAACACGGAGGAUGUGCCUCUUCUCACUCAUUUUGAGGUGCGCUUUGCCCGAUGCGCCUUCCCCUCCCCCGACGACCCGCAGUAUCGCCUCGACUGGCAGCUCAAGAGUAUUCAGCUGCCCAGUUGCUUUCACACGAUCUUGACAAACGGAGAGGAGCGUGGCCGCAAGCAGCUGCUGGCACAGCAGGCAAUGCAGGUGAGCUUUGCGCCGUGUGGCCCGCUGCCCGCGUACGUCUUCUCUUUUGCGUGCUUCCCAGACGCUGCUAGUUUGGAGAGCACAUCCGCAACUGGCGAUGGUUUAGACGUGCUCGAGGGACGCCUGGUCAUCCCUAAGUUUCUCGGUGACAUUACAAGCAGCUUUUCCAACGCGCCCAUUCCCGUCCGUGUGCUGGCGCGACGACAAGCACGGAUAGCUACGGCGACCCUUGAGCGAGUCUUGCGCCUCACCAUCGACGCUGUGACAGCGCUCCAGCAGCUCUUUCAGUGCCCACUCCCGCUCCUUCAGUGCGAGCACCUUGACGUCCUCCUUGGCCCGACAAUGCCGUAUAUCUCCGGUAUGGAACACCACUGCUCGAUAAUUCUCAACGAGAGCAUCUAUCAAGCUGAUAAGAAGGCGGCCAUCGGUAGCAGAGGAGGAGGGGGUGCGAACAGCAACGCUGAGGUGGGCCAAACAGAGCUCAUUGUGCACGAGGUGACACACCACUGGAUUGGAAAUGCACUGGGACUGCCGUUUGCAGUGAAGGAGGGCAUCUGCCAGGUGAUCGAGCAAUGCGUCGCCGACACGCUACUGGGCAAGCCAAUGCGCAAGUACAAGGCGGACAGCGGCGGCAGCGCGAAAUUCAACAGCCCCUCACCCUCUUCCUCGACUGCGAAGCUACCGAAGAGCACCAUUCAGGCUUCAGAGAAAGGUCACGAGUUCACAGGAGCUUCGUACCAGCACGCACGGAGUGCCAUUAAGCAGCUGAUUGCUGACCACGGGUUCGACCGCUUUCUCCUGUGCCUGCAACAACUGCUGCACAAGCACGUCGUCAUUCCCAUGCGAGAAGUAGAGGAAAAGGGCGGAAUUGAAGUUCUUCGACGCAUCGGUGCCGACGUCGCCGUCUCCCCUUACCUAAGCACGAGGGAAUUCCUGCACGCCGUAGAAUCCUCAUUGUAA